AUGAGUUAAACUAAUUAAAAUAAUGAAAAAAUAUAAAUUAAUGAUGAAGAUUAAAUCACAUUUUUAGAAAAUGGUAAUUAUUUAUAAUAUAUAAUUUAAUAGAAUUAUAAUUAAAAAAUGAAUUAUUAGAAACUAAAAAUUAAGUUAUUUUCAAAUUACAUUCUUAGAUUGAAGAUUUACAUAAAUUAAUUAAUGAUCAAAAAGAUAGUGCUAGAAAUUGCAAUGAUUCAGAUUCAGAUAUCUCUAAUGAAAGUGAUAAUUAGAAAAUUAAUAAUUUAUUACAAUAAAUACAAACUGAUGCUGAUAUAUAACAUCAUUUGACUAAAUAGAUGUUAUAAUAUAGUGAAGAAACUAGAAAUCUUGAAUAAUAAAUAAGAGAACUUAGAGAUUAAAAUUAAGAUCUUAAAGAAGAACUUGAUAAAUUAACUAUUUAAAUUACAAAAUUAAAAGAAUAAUAAGCAGAAAUGGAAGAAAAUAAUGCUAAAGAAAUUGAUAUUAUUAAUGAAGAUUAUUAAGAUAAAUUAUCAAAAUAAAAUAUGAUAAUUGAUGACUUACAAUAAUAAAUUAAUAGUUUAUCAAUAAGUCCAAUGGGAUUACCUCAAAUUUCUAUGCCUUAAACUAUGAAGUAUAUAAGUUAAUAAUAAUUCUAAACUGUUGGAUCUGAUUCAUAAUAAUCUAAAGGAUCAAAUUGUAAAACUAAAGAGGAAAAACAAUAAUUAAUGAGAAAUAUUAAAAGAAUGACUACAAUGACAGCAGGAUUGAUGUCAAAUAAAUAAGAUUAUACUACUUUGGGAGUCUUAGGUAAAAUUGAUCAAUAUAAGAGUUAAUAAAAAUUAGAAUCCUUCAAUAAACUUAAUUGA